CAGGAGGAUCUUCUUGGCCUUGAAAUGUUCCCUCUUUGCGGGAACAUGCGGGAGGCAAAUCUCAACGUCUCUAAAAUUAUUUUAGGGAAGCCGGUAGAGAUUCUGACCUUUUCAUCUAAUCCAUCCGGAGGGAUGCACCUUUUGAAAUGUGUGGCUGCCAAACUUGUGCUGUCAGAAAGAUGAGGGCUGUCUGAGGAUGCUUCCGCAGGAGAAAACAUAUGUUUCCAUUUUAUUUCUAUCCAAUGGCAGCUUUGCGGAUGGUCGUUCCUGAUUUAUAACGGAUAAAAAGAUUUAGCUGGGCUCCUGAGCUGCUUUUCUGCUGCAGGUUUCUGGGUGACACCUCUGUGCUCUAUGCUAGUAUCCAAUUCUACGUUGACUUGGAAGAUCAAUGAAAAGACUAAAGAUAAGCCAGAAGACAAGGGUUCAAAAGGAAAGCAUGCACCUCCCAAGAAAGGCAUACAGACAGAAAGCAAGAAUUCUUUGGAAGAAAACAAAACGGGGACCAAGUUGGAUGAGCAACACGGAACACGUGAAAAGGUAAACUUGUCCAGCGCGGUCCUUUCCAAGGAGGACUCCAGACCAUGUGCUGCAGAGAAGAUGGCCCAGCUUGAACCAACAGAGCCUUUGGGAUGGGCGAAUGGCUCCAAGGAUUGCCCCAGACAAAAAGAAACUGGGAACAGGGACCUUGUCCAGAAGGACGGUCCUUUCUGCUCGAGUGGCAGCAAUCCAAAGGAGACCCAAAAUAUGGAUGAAGAAAAAUCUCCCCAGAAACAGGUGACUCCAAAACGGAAGGGUGGAGAAAAAAGUGGACUUGACCCUCCUGCCGGGGAAGCUGUGUCUUCUACCUCGAAGUCUGGCGGUGAAGUUAUAAGGACAAGGCCUUCAAUCGUUGCACAGAUGAACGAUGUUCCAGACAAGACUUUGAGAAGCAAAGAAGGAAGUGUUGGUAGCUCUGCAGGCAGACAUGCUGGUGGGUUGGCUCCGUUCUCUCUGCAGCCAGUAGGUGAAGGAAGUAAGCAUUUGCAGGAGCCUCCUAAAGCUAAGGAGUCCUCGAACGACAGCAGGACUGAGCCCACACAAGAACUGAAAGGAGUCCAUUCUCCCCAUAAGAGGAGCGAGCAGAUUCCUAAACUGUCAGGCCUUCCUUCACCAGCACCACUUCCAAAGGCUGAAGACGAAGGAGAAAGUCAACGCAAGACUCUCCCAUGUCCAACUUCCACCCCAAAAGACUUUGGUGAAGAUCUGGGAGCUUCCGGGAAAAGUCCCAAGGAGAUGGCAAAGACCAUCAAAGACGUCAAGCCAGAAACUCUGGAAUCACGGAGGGUUUCUUUAGUGAGACGAGAAAGCAGAUCCAGACAGGGAGCAGAGAAAGUUGCCGAGGUGACUCCAUUUGUAGGAGCCACCAAAGCAGAAGAGAUGGUCAUUGAUGACAGUCCUCCUCCUCCAGCUCCUUUUGAGCAUCACAUUGUGAGCAUCAAACAAACCGAGUUAACCGCUUCGUACACUGUAAGCCACGAUGAGGUGCUGGGAGGGGGGCGUUUCGGUCAAGUCCACAAAUGUACAGAAAAGUCCACGGGACUCUGUUUGGCCGCCAAGAUCAUCAAGGUGAAAUUAGCAAAAGAAAGGGAGGAAGUGAAGAAUGAGAUAAAUAUAAUGAACCAGUUAAGUCAUGUGAACCUAAUUCAACUCUACGACGCUUUUGAGAGCAAGAACCACCUCACCUUAAUCAUGGAAUAUGUUGAUGGUGGUGAGUUAUUUGACCGGAUUAUAGAUGAAAACUACAAUCUUACCGAGUUGGAUGCUAUCUUGUUUACCAAACAAAUCUGUGAAGGAAUCUACUACCUGCAUCAACAGUACAUCCUUCACCUUGAUCUGAAGCCUGAGAAUAUCCUCUGUGUGAGCCACAGUGGAAACCAGAUUAAAAUAAUUGAUUUUGGACUCGCAAGGAGGUACAAGCCUCGUGAGAAGCUGAAAGUCAAUUUUGGCACGCCCGAAUUUUUGGCUCCCGAAGUCGUCAACUAUGAUUUUGUGUCAUUCCCAACGGACAUGUGGAGUGUAGGCAUCAUUGCGUACAUGCUGGUCAGUGGCUUGUCGCCUUUCCUUGGGGAGAAUGACGCAGAGACCAUGAAUUACAUAAUCAACUGCAACUGGGAUUUUGAUGCAGAAGCAUUUGAACAGGUGUCCGAGGAGGCCAAAGACUUCGUUUCCAGACUUCUAAUAAAGGAAAAAAGUGGCAGAAUAAGUGCAGCCAACUGCUUGAAACACGAGUGGUUGACCAACCUGUCCGCCAAGGCGAAGAGAUCGAAAGUUCGCUUGAAGUCUCAGAUGCUUCUACAGAGAUAUAUGGCCCAGAAGAAGUGGAAGAAGCACUUCCACGUGGUCACAGCUGCCAACAGAUUGAGAAGAUUCCCUAACCUGUCCGAGUCUCCAGCUGCUGAAGAUAACUGAGAUUGGGGGAUUUUAGAGAUCCGUCCAUUUCCACCAGUUUCACGUUUUCUUCCCUCCUCUUCCUCAAUUGUACAUCCAGUCGUCUGCUUAGGUUGCUGCCCUCAAGCCUAAGACCUUGGGAGGUCUGACUGAAAUGGGUUGUCUUACAACCUACCCUGUUUCCCCCAAAAUAAGACAUCCCCUGAUAAUAAGCCCAAUUGGGCUUUUGAGCGCAUGGCAAUAAGGCCAAGCGCUUAUUUCAGAGUUCAAAAAAAUAUAAGACAGGGUCUUAUUUUCGGGAAAACAUGUUAUUGCUUGCAAGAGGAGGGGAAGAAAACUGCUUGAAUUAUACCUCUUAGACUUUCAUUUCCGUAAUUACACAUUAGUGGUUAGGAAUGACUUUUUUUCUGCUGGGGGAAACAGGUUGUCUUCUUUUUAAGAAUGUUAGGGUUUCGAGAAUGUCAAAUCCAGGCUGGAAGGUUGAACUUCUUCAAGCAGAAAAUGGUAGCUUCUGCAGGGGUUGUGAUAGUUAUUUUCUGAAUUCGGUAUUUUUGCUUUGAAAGUAGAACUUUGGGUAGUGAUCAGUAGCUUUAAGAACACUUGCCAAGACAUUGUAUUGGGAUUAGAGUCCCCCUUUUGAGGGAGGUGGGCAGUACAGAAAUGUGAAAAGUAAAUAAAAUUAGUUACCUUUUAUACACUCA